CUACUCUAUCCUCACCCUCUCUUUUCAUACCUCCUAACACUCAACGCUCAACACUCAAUCAUCAAUUCCUUAAAAAACUACAACAACCCUCCCCCCCAACGCCCCAAUUUACGCGCGGAGACAUGCUCGACCCUACCACGCUUUCGUCGCUCAAGGUGACGGAGUUGAAGGCCGAGUUGAAAAAGCGCGGUCUACCUGUUGGAGGAUUGAAGCAGGUGCUUGUAGAAAGGCUAGCCGAGCAAGUUAUUCAGGAGCGCGCGGCGGCGGAGGCAGAAGCGGCGGCACUGGCGGAGGAGGAGAGAGCAGCGGUAGACGAUGCGCAGGGAGAGGAGGUGGUGAAUGGAGAUGGAAUCGCGCCGGAUCCUCAACCGGAGCCCCAGCCCGAACCAAUACCGGAGGUGGUCGAGGGGGAAAAAGAGGUUGUUCCUGUUCCCCAGGCGGAACCAGAAGCGAUUGUUGUCGAGGCUACGCAAGCGGUAGUUGUUGAGGGAAAUGUUAUAGAACCGGAGGUUAUCCAGGAGGAGGCUCCAAAACCUGAAGCUCCAACUGAAGAUGAACCGGCUGUGAUCGAAACAGCUUCCGAACCUGCACCUGAGCCAGCGACUGAAUCUGUUGCCGCUACGGAAGUUGUGGAGGGGGUGGUUUUUGAGGAGAAGGUUGUUGAGCCAGAGGUUGUUGAGAGAGCUUCGGGCCCUGAAGCUGAGCCUGCGCCCGAGCCGGUGGAAGCUGAUCCGGUGGAAACUGAGCUGGCGGAAACUGAGCUGGUGAAAACUGAGCCGGUGGAAACUGGGCUGGUGGAAACUGAACCGGCGGAAACUGGGCUAGUGGAAACUGAACCGGCGGAAACUGGGCUGGUGGAAACUGAACCGGCGGAAACUAAGGUUGUUGAGAGAGUUGAAGAGGAGGAAACUGGUGAAUUGGUUUUGGAGUCCGGAGCUAAAUUUGAGGAUGAGGUGGUAGAAGAGGCAGCUUUAAAGGAAGUGACGACCAAGACUGAGAUUGCUUCGGAUGAGACACCUGGGACUGGGCCAAUUAUUGAAAAGAAGGAAGAGAUUCCCGUUGCGGGGCAGCCAAUUUUGGAAUUUGAGCCAGAGGCUGAAAUGGAGCGAAUGAAGCCGGAGGGACUUGUCAUUGCUGCUGUCGAAGAGACCACCCGUGAAAUGGUUAAGGAUGAGGACUCAAACAUGGUCGAUGCAUCUUCACUUUCAUUGUCUCCUGAAAAGACUAUAGUCCCGGAGCUGACCCCAGCCCACGAUGACACUACCGCGGAAUCUACUUUAAAACCCGGACCAGAGACAGAGCUUCAACAACCAUCUGUCGACCUAAUGGAUACAAGCGAAGGGCAGACAGACAUCCGUAAGCGUAAGCGUCGCUCAAUAACCCCAACUCCCUCCUCCGCGCGUGUCGGCGAGCCUGAGAACCAACAAUCAAAUGAAGGCGCAACCUCAAAGAAACCUCGGCGUGACUCUACAGAAAACCAACCCCAGCGUACGCGUCCUAAGGACGCCCGCUUCAAAGGCCUCUUCAAUGACUCCAGUAGUACUGUCACUGCAAACAAUCCUCCAACUGCCUCCCACCACUACAACCAAGCAGCCGACCAAGCGAUGAAUCAAUUAAUAACUCAAAUAGAGGAUGAGGAUGACGCUCCCAUUCCACCUUCAAUCCACCCGGCCACCCGAGCGCUCUACAUCCGCAACUUCGCCCGUCCGCUUAGCGAGCCGGCCUUGAAGGCCCACCUCACCGCCCUCGCCUCUCCUCCUUCCUCUACUUCCGCCGUUACAACUAGCCAACCGCCAGAGCCCCCGAUAGAGUACCUCUACCUCGACACCAUCAAAAGUCACGCUCUAAUAAUUUUCACCACCCUCACUGCCGCAACCCGCGUGCGUGUUGGAAUCCACACGAAGGUUUGGCCGAACGAACGUUCCAGGAAACCACUCUGGGCGGACUUUGUCCCCGAGGAGUCGGUUGCGGGAUGGGUUGAUAGGGAAAAGCAACGUGGCCCCGGAGCCCGCUGGGAGGUCAUUUACGACCGUGAGGCCGGCGAAGGCGGGGUUCGUGCCGAGUUGGAAGAGGUUGGGGGUAGAAGAAGAAUUGGCCCCGGUGGGAAUACCGGAGUAGAAGUUUUGGGGGCUCCGACAGGACCGAGAGGGGAGAGGAGGGGUGUCCAGAUUACAGAGAGAGAAUUUGGUGCUAGAUCCAACUUCUCUGCCGCAACCACCGACCCCACCAUCACCAACAGCGCAACCCAGCGCACCGCUACCACUGGUGGCGGCGGAAGAAUCGUGGUUAAGGACCUCGACCAACUCUUCCGCUCCACCGUCACCAAGCCGAAACUAUACUGGAUACCUGUGGACCCGGACAUUUCCAGGGAACGCUUGGCAGCAUACGAGCGCGGUCGUGGCAAUACUGGUAAUGCUGGGGCUGGCAGCGGUUUUAGGAGACGCCGUUGAACGUCUUCAGGCUUUUACAUUCUUACCCGGUCUUGACUUUUUAUUCGCAUGGUAGCUACGGAUUUCUUUCUUUCUCCCCUUCCCAAUUGGAGAAGGGGCUGGUUUCUGACUAUAAAGACGGGUUGUUCUACUCUUUGGUGCUCUUUUUUGUUGGUCUUUUCUUUUUCGUUUCUCAAAGUGGUUUGGAUUUGUUUUGUUUCCCCGCUAGCCUGCUUGCUCGCGGGAUCCCUUGAUGGAAGGAGUUCGAAGAAAAGCUUACCUCCUAGAACAGAAUGGAGUGGAACGUCUAACGAAGCUGGGAGGGAACGGGCAAUGGACAAUGUGGCGAUUUAAAGAAAAUGUGUGGGAGUGUACCAAUAGUUUUUUCUUUUCUUUCUUUUCUUUUCUUCCGGGUGGUGCUUUCUUUCUUUUUCUUUCCUUUUCCUUUGCUUUUACAAGUACCUGACGGGGCGGCAGGAGUAUUAAAAAAACGACAGACAGAAUACAUUACUCACUCGGUUGGUUGCUUUCUUUUUAUAUACCAUAAUUCCUUCAUUCGCAGGUUAUAUCGUGGUUCCGUUCUAUCCAAAAAUUGGGCUGGGAUUCCUUUUUUGCUCUUCCUUGCUUAAAUUCCUGCGAACAAAAAAGUCUAGCUAGCAUGGAUGUCUGUCCACCCGUCUGUCAUGAGAAUGGAUGGGUGGAGUAAGAGGCGAGCGAGUGGACAGAAUGAAGUGAAGCAUCAUAAGUAGGAAUAAACAUGAAUGGCGUGGAAGUGUGAGAAAUUCUAAGUUAUGUAUAAAUACGUGUUGUACUUCCAUGACCUUUUUUUUU